AUGCCCGCCGGUGUCCAGUCCGACGAGUAUGAGCUUAGCUCCGAGUCGUUACUCGGGUGGAGGAAAAACGACCUGCCUGGUUAUGAAUGGCGACAUCACACCUCCACCCUGCGUUGGAUGGGAAGGAAACUGUCCGCGCUCUCAACUGCCGUAAUCCUCCUCUUAGUUCACACCCUGAGUGUGCUCUUCGGAUUGGGAGUUAGACGCCGAGCGAUUUUCUUGAUUCGCCUCACACUCGGUGGCCUUCUAGUGCUGAUAUGCCUGACUGGAUUAUUUUGGCCAUCAUAUACCCACUUACCGCCACAUUAUAAGACACUCAGAAACCAAGUCCAUAGCAGCGGUUCUCCUGGACGCGGUAACAUUGAGAACCAAAAAGUCUACAUUGCCGCUGUUCUUUACGAUCCCGAAGGGACAAUUGCUAACGGGCGAUGGGGAGACGCAAUUCUCCAACUUAUUGAACUUCUCGGGGAGCAAAAUGUUUUCCUCAGUAUAUACGAAAACAACAGCGCACAAGAAGGCGAGAAUGCCCUCCAGGCUCUAGCUGAUCGAGUGACUUGCAACAAAUCGAUCGUAUCAGAACCAGGUCUCAGCUUGGGGAAAAUACCUAGAGUGGCCAUCCCAGGAGGAAACAUGCGAAUCAGGCGCAUCGACUAUCUGGCCGAAGUCCGAAACCGUGCUUUGAAGCCACUACAGAGCGCUGGCAUGACGUACGACAAAAUAAUUUAUCUGAACGACGUGAUCUUUGACCCUGUCGAGGCACUCCAGCUUUUGUUUUGCACCAACGCGGACUCUGAUGGCGUUGCGCAGUACCGAGCCGCAUGUGCAGUGGACUUCAGCAACGCUUUCAAGUUCUACGACACCUACGCAACUCGCGACUUAGAAGGCUAUGGAAUAGGUCUUCCUUUCUAUCCUUGGUUUACUACCGCGGGCAAGGCGCAGAGUCGUCAAGACGUGCUGGAGGGGAGAGAUGCUGUGCGCGUCCGCAGCUGUUGGGGUGGUAUGGUGGCAUUUGAUGCCAAGUUUUUCCAAGACCCUGAUCCUGUUCGAUUUCGUGCGGACUCUGAAAUAUUCUGGGAUGCAUCCGAGUGCUGCAUUAUUCAUGCAGACUUACGCGAUGCAAUACCGACCUUGGAAGGAUCCCACAGCUCAGGAUCAUACAUGAAUCCCUUUGUUCGGGUCGCUUAUGACGCACGAAGCCAUUCUUGGCUUUGGACAACUCGACGUUUCGAAAAGCUAUAUCCAUUCAUUCACAACAUCUUGAGCCAUUUGGUCGGAUUUCCCCGAUAUAACCCUCGGCGCACAGAGUUGUCUGGCCAGAAGAUCAUGGACACCAUUUGGGUGCCGGGCGAUGGUAAAGGAAAGGAGGGGAAGGUUCGAACUACAGAGCGUGAAGCUGGGAAUGAUGGCUUUUGUGGCCGUCGGGGACUCGAAGUCCUCGUUGAAAAGAGAAUGUCUGGUCAAGAUGGGUUUGAGCCCAUCAAAGUUCCAGCCGGCUUGGUUUAGUCCGUGUUUGAAACUGUCCAAAUAGAUACAUUUAAUAUCAAAUAUGCGCCAGAUAAUGAUGAG